AUGUCGGAGACACAGAAACCCGCCGACGUGGGCGCAAACCCAAACGCGGCGGCGGAGAAGGAUGUCGGUAACGUCCUUGCAGAGUUAAAGGCCGAGGAAGCGGGUAAUCAGGGUCACCAAGAGACGGAAGCCCCAGCUUCAACUGAGUCAGAGAAAAAAGAGUCACCAGCAAACGGCGCACAGGCUGAUGCGGAAGCCGAAGAAGAAGCCAGAAUCAUUGCUGCUGCGAAUAAGUUAGGCCAGGGGUCGGCUCCAGAUUCAAAAUCCAAGCAAGAGAAAGGCGACCAAGGUUCUCGAGAAAAGAAACGUGUUAAUUAUCGCGAAAACAUCAAAUCUGAUGUGACAACUCUGGAGGAAACCAGUGAUCCUGAACAGAUUCGCAAACAGGUCGAAUUCUACUUCUCCGACUCCAACCUUCCUAUGGACAAGUUUUUACUCUCCAAAGUUGGUGGAAGCGAAAAUCGACCCGUUGAACUGUCUUUGCUUCAUUCAUUCAAGCGCAUGCGACGUUUCCAACCUUUCAGCGCUAUUGUUGAAGCUCUGAAAACAUCGGACACCAUCGAACUCACUAAUGACAAUACCUGUAUUCGACGUAAGGUACCGCUUCCAGAGUCUGUAACAGAAGAUGCAUCCUGGUCGGUCACCAAAGUCUUUGAAGACAAAGCGAUGCACCGUAGCAUCUACGCCAAAGGCUUUGGGAAGGAAGAACCAAGCACCCAAUUUGACAUUGAAGCCUUUUUUGCGCCAUAUGGACCAACCAACGCUGUACGCCUUCGUCGUACCAACGAAAAGAUAUUCAAGGGAAGCGUAUUUGUGGAAUUCGACAGCGAAGAUACCCAGAAGAAAUUCUUGGCCCUUGAGCCGAAGCCAAAGUGGAAAGGAACCAUUGAGUUGCUCAUCAAGAGCAAAAAGGAAUAUUGCGAGGAGAAAGUGAAAGAGAUUGAAGCUGGGCGUGUCAAACCGAAUAAAGGCCGUGGAAAUUUUAGAGGACGUGGUCGUGGGAAUGGCCGCGACUGGAAAGAUCGCAAGGAUGAUCAGAAGCGGGGAUUCAAUAGAGGUCGAGGCGGCCAACGAGGUCGUGGAAAUCGAGAUAGAGACGGGGGCCACAGUGAAGUUCUGAAGGAUUCCCGCGGUGUUCCCGUUAUUCAAGUUUCGAAAGAUGCUCCUAAAUCAACAGAUGCCGCUGCCACUGCUGGACAAAAGCGUGCUCGGGAAGAUGAUUCCCACUCAAAUGGAAACAACGCUGCAUGUGGCAACGCUGAGAAUGGUGAUAGACCUGCAAAGAAGGUGGACGCCAAAGAAGGUUGA